CCUAUCUAUGGGAAUUCUGACUACCAUUUACUACAAAUGGUCAGUAUCAGAAUAGCAUCAGUAUUAUCCACUAGUGUUCGUAAGAUUUAAAAUGUUUUUAAAAUAGGAAUGAGAAAUUUCGCCCAAACAUGUUAAAAGUUGUCCAAUCCUAUUUAUAUAUCUAAGAUACAACUCAUAUUCUAAAUACAUCCAAAAUGGAGGUCGACGACGAAGAUGUUUUGUUUCAAGUAAAUACUGAUCAAAUUGAAUGUUUUACAUUUUCAAAAACUAAAUCUACUUGUUUCAGGGUACAGAAUUACAAAAAUAUUUAAACGAUGCGGGAUACACGGAAUGUAAAACAUUUGAACAAACUAAUGUUAUAACAAAUUAUCGUAAUAAAGUAAGUUAACAAAAAUAAUCAUCUAUUUUAUUAUAACUCAAUAAAUUGUUCAAUGUUGAACAAUUUUUCAUUUUAUUCAUUCUUUUUCUCCUUUGCCUCAUCCCAACUAUUCAGGAUCGGUCAUUCAUAUUCUAAACUUCCAAUUUACAAGAUAUUCCACUUUAAAUUACACCAGUCUUCCUCUUCUAUUUUUUUAACGUUAUAUAUAUACAUUUAUUAUCAUUACAAUACUUACUGCUUCAGAUUCCUCUCUCUCCAUGACAUAUUCAAACCAUUUCUGUCUGUUUUCCUCAUUUUAUUUACCAUCAAAUUCCUUCUCAUACUUUCUCUCGUCACUCCACUCAUCCACCGAAGCAUUGUCAUAUCUGUUAUUUUUCUAUCUACUGCUCAACACUAUGAAUCAUAAAACAGUCAAUCUCACCACACUUCUGUAGUACUUUAUUUAUAUAAUUGUAGUAAUUUAUAUUAUUGUGAUUUAUGGCUUAAUUGUAGAGCCACAAAAAAGAUUCAAAAUACUCCAAAAGACCUCAACAUUGCACAGAAGUAUGUACACAUUAGUUAUUUAUUUAUAUUUUAAUAGGUAUGUUUGUUUUUAUUAAGUUUAAAAUAAAUAAACUUUAUUCAGUAUUAAUGCAAUAAAUUAUAUAAAUGUCUAAAAAUCUUUUAUUUAAUACCUACCUAUAACAAAUUUCAUAUUUAACUGUAAAUUAUUAGUUACUAAUUUGUAAUAAAAAUGUAUUAAAUGUUAAGUUUGAACACAAAAUAAUAUGUGCACAAAAUUCUAUUUUAUAUUUUAUAUCUAUUAUUUGUUUGUAAUUAGAAAUUCAUAAUAAAAAUCCCAUUUUUCGAUUUAAAUGUUAUAUUUUUAUAUAAAUAUAAACAUUAUUAUUAUAUAUAUAUAUAUAUGUAUAUAGUGUGUGUAAAUAAAGUAAUGAAACUGAUACAUGUUAUCUGGCAACACUAAUGAGCCUUCAGUACAAGUUUGUACUUCCCAGAGUCAUGUAUUUGUCCGUAGUGAUUAUUUUCGUAAACUGUUUUUUUAGUACAUUUUAAAAAUGAGUUACAAUGAAAAUGAGUUUGCUAAUUUAGUAUCAGAUUUGAGCACAGAACGAUAGAAAUUUUUCAUAUAGUGUACUUUUAAGGGCCUAGGUUUUUAGGUGAUUUAAGACAUAUUCAGAAAGCAGAAUUGAUUAAAUGGAAGGCCUUCAGAUCCAAAAAAAUAAUGAAAAUAUUAUUGUCACUAAUUUUCAGAAAUACUAAAAAGGCUAGUUUAUAAAAAUAAUCAUUUCAGACCAACACAUGACUAUAGGAAGUUCAAACUCAUACUGAAGGCAUAUUAGAUGUUUAUUUACAAUCCUUUUCAAAUAGAAAGCCAUUAGCAUUACCAGAUAGCAUGCUACACUUUCAGUCAAAUUACUUUAUUUACACAUCUUGUGUAUAAAUAAUAAAUAUAUUGCAUAAUUAAUGAUAUAAUUAUCCAUUCAGAGAAAUUUCCCCCUUUAUCUGAAAUUAUGAAAAUAAUAUACUAUCCAAAAUAGCAUGUUUUUUUUUUACUUUACCCUAAAACGAUCUUGUGCAAUAUAAAAUUAAUAUACAAUGUGAAUAGUAUUAUUCAUAUCUUAAAAAAAAUCAAAAUUUUAUCAAUUUUGUAUAGUAAAAUAUGGGAUAUAGAUAAAUUAGCAUUACAUAUUUUGUGUAUAUGUAUUAUUUACCUACUUAUAAUUAUUUGAAUCAAUGAUUGCAGAAAGCCACGAGUCUGAUAAAAAUUUUAUUAUAUCGGUAUAAAUAGCUUUAAAGAUAAAUUUAACUUAAGAAUAAAUACUUACUGAAAUAUCAUAAAAUAACAGGUUAUGCAAUAGGAAAUCACAAUCAGCAUGGUAAUUCUUCACCUUCUAUUGAAUAUUAAUUGUUUUCAAGCCUAUUUUCUAAAAAUUAAAACUACUGUAAUUAAGAAAAUUUUAAUCGGAUAUGAAUUUAUGAUACAUUAAAAUUUUUAGAAUAAUAUUUUGAAAAUUUUCUAAAGUGAAUAAAAUAAAGUUUUUUUUUGGUGUGUGUUUAGGGGUUGAAAAUAAAAAUUUAAUUUUUAUCCAAGUCGAUGUCCUACUCCCUUGAAGACAAACCAAAUAAAAAAAAAAAAUUUAAUUAACAGUUUUAAAAAAAUUGGUGGGAAACACUGUAUAAUUUUGGUGACUUGUGAUGUUUCUGCAAUUAUUAAUUCAUUUAAUUUUAUUCAAAUUUAAACAUUUUUUUUUUUUUUUUAGGAUUAUAAUUUGUGUAUAACAUUAAUCAAGAUAAUUUUAGAAAGUCAACUUAUUUUCAAAGAAGAUACAUUAUUUGCCAAAGAAUUUAUUCCAUCAGAAAAUAUUAGAUAUUCAUUAUUUUUUACAAAACGAAAUUGGUAAAUUAAAUUAUACUUGCAUUAAAAUAUUAAAAAUAUACAUUACAAGGGCAGUUCGAAUUUUAAUUAUUUGUGUGACAAACAUUAGUUUUAUGUGUUGGGCCUGGGAAACUUAGCAUACAAAAAAUAUUCCACUAGGACCCGGAUUUAUAUGCAUUUGCAUGUUUUUUUAGACAGAGAAAAAUAGAACUCAAAUACAAAUAUUACAAAUACAAAAUAUUUUUGUGCAUUAUAUUUUAUUUUUAAGGAUAUAUUUCUACAAAAUAUGAGCAUAAAUGUAUAUUUUUAAGUGCAUUUAAGGUUUUUAGAACAUAUAAAUCUGGGCCCAACAUAUAACAAUUUAACCAAGAGUAUUCACUAUUCAAAUUUGAGUAAAUAAUUGCCUCUACAACUUUUGAUAAAACCAAUAAUUUGCAAUGAAACUUAUUUUAUCUCAUUUAAUUUUACUUAUAUUCAUAUUUAUUGUAUUUUAAUAAUAACAUUUUAUUUUUAAAAUAAAUAUACAGAGUGAUAGAGAUAAAAGACUACAUUUGUAGCAUUGAAUAGGGAUGUCACAUAAUAGGAAGUUUAGUUGCAAUAAUGUACUGGAGUAUUCAAAAUCCUUGCAGACACAUUUGUAUGUAACAAUUCAAUUGUGGCUACAUAGCACACAUUCUGCACUUUUCUGAUUCAGUCUCCUUCCACAUGUAAUUGUUCCCAUCCACUAAUCAAUUUUGAUAUGGAUUAAAGAUUUUUGAGAACACAGUAAUAUAUACCCAAAUAUCCCUAAACAUAGUCCAUCUGUGGUGACACCAGAAAAUGUAGCACAUGUCUGAAUUUUUAUUCCAUGGCCACCCUGUGACUUCUCCUUAUGUAGGAAUCUAAAGUCAAAGAUUUUAUCUUAUACACAGACUCCAUUUAUCAGACAUUUUGUUUCACAAAUAAUAUUUUUUUAAUUUUGAAUAAAAAUUUCCUAUAUUUAAAAAAAUUUGUUUUUUUUUUCACCUAAGUCAAAAAUUAAAAUUGCGGGGUAAAUUUCAAAUUUAGUCUUUUAAUCACCACCACCAUAUAUUGGUUUUUUUAUUUUUUGAUUAAUGAUUGAAUAUUAAAGCAAUAAAUAAAAUAUAUGAGUAGGUUUAAAUUCCUUGAAUUUUUUACCGCCAAGUCCUGCUAACAAAUAAUACUUUUUAAUAAAUUUAAUUAAAAAUAGGAAUGUUUGAUUAUUUUAAUUGCAUUUUAUCUUUCAGUAUCACAUUCCUAUUAUUGUGUAUAUUUUGUGGUUUAUUAAAUGCAUUUAUCUUGGAAUACUGGGAUACAUGGAUAACAUUAAGUAUGUUGAUAUUAUGGUUUGGGCAUGUUUCUCUAGAAAUACUAUUUAAAUUAAUUCAAAGUAGAAAAAUUAAAAAUAUUGUAAUAAAAACCAUUAAAUCCAUGGAAAAAUCAUCUUUGUUAAUACAAAAAAUGUAUAAGUUUCUUUCUGAUUGUGACAAACUCUACAAUAUUCAUAAUAGGUAAUAAAACAUAAUCAGUUAACAACUACCAUAUAUUUAUUAUAAUUGUUAUUCAAAUUUUAGUUGCAAUGAUACUUCUAAGGACAAGAAUUCCAAUAUAUAUUUGUAUUUACUGAUGCCUGAGUUAAAAUCUUUACUUUUAACUGAGUUACAAGAUUUAAUUAAUUGUCUUGUAUAUAAUAUAUCUGAAGUGCAGACAUUUUUUCCAUUAAAAGAUUCUGUUAAAAACAUUAUAUAUUUAUAUCUCACAGAUUGCAAAAUUGAUAUAGAAAAUACAUCAUUAGAAAAUAUAAAUGUAAGUAUGACAUAUACAAACUAGUUUUAUUUAUUCUAAAAAUAAUUUAUCUUUUUAAUACUUUCAUAUUGGUAUAUAAAUAUUUAAAAGAAAUUAUGUUCAUUUUUUUUUAACAGUAUAUAGAUUUAAAACUCUAACAUUUAACAUUCACAGUAUUAAAUAAAUUUAAUUAUCUAUAUAAUAUAUAUAUAUAUUGUAUUAUUUCAGAGAGCCAAGUAUACAUAUUACUUAUUACAGUCAGAAUUUUUGAAACAAUUAACUCUAUGUUUAAAUCCAGUAUUGUGGACUCCGAAAAGCUAUUCAGAACUUAAUAAUUUAAUUAAAUUUAUUGGAGAGCUUGAAAAAGUAUAUUCAAAUUUAUAUAAUAUUUUAUCUGAAGAAUACAAUAUUUAUUCACUAUUUAAGCAUAGUAAUAAUUUAAAAAAUAUUCAUUUGAAUAAUAAUAGUAAUUUUGAUUUUAAAUCAAAAGUUUACAGUAUUCGACAAGUUUUACAAAAUAUGAUGAUACAUUUAAGAGUUAUGGAGGAUUUAAUUGAAAUGCCUUCAAAUUACUGUAAUGAUAGCAUAAAUGCUUCAGUAAGUAUUUUGGUUAAAGAAAGUACUGUUUUUAAUGAAUUGAUAUCAACCUUUCAAAUUGAUAUUCUUAAAGCAAAUAAAGAAAAGAAAAAUGAAAUAAUAUUAAGUAAUAAUGCUAUUAAUGUAACAAAAAAUAAUUCCUUAGAAGAAAAUAAUGAUCCAAUUAAAUUUGUUUGUGAUGAAUUAUUUUUUGGAGUUUCUGAAAAGAUUUCUGAAGAAACAAAUGAUACAUUUUUUGGAGAAGAAAUAUUUGAUAAGUCUAACAAUCAUAAUUUAAUAUUAGAAUUAAAAGUAGCCCUUAAAGAAAAACAAAUGGAGUGGAAACAACGAGAAGAAAAAUUACAAAAAGAACAUAUUCAAUUAAAUGAUUUAUCAGAUGAGGAAAAUUUUCAUGAAAACCAUUUUGUUAAUAACCAGUCUAUCAAUAGUAUACGUAAAGUUGCAUUAGACAUGGAACCUGAUAAUAGUUUUUCUAUGCAAUUACCAUCUGAAAAUUUAGCUAAUGAAAUUGCUAGCAUUGCUAGUAAAUGGAAUACAGAAAUUGAAAGUUUUGGUGAUGAUUCAGAUUCUGAUGUGUAAAUUGUUUUAAUUUCAAGUGUGGAAUGAUCAAAUGUUAAUUAAUCCUAAUAUGCUGUGUGUUAAAUUUGAAAGAUAAAGGAAAUCAUAAAGUCCAAAUUCUUAAGGUUGCGCCUCAAGGAAAACCACACACCCGGAAAAUAAUCGAAGAUUUUGGCUUUUCCAGUGUAGCAUUACUUUAUAACUAUGUAGUUACUACUAACUACCCAUGUAAAUCUACUUAUUCCUGUGCUGUGCACCUGCCACCAAUUUUUUUUUUCCAUGGAAAAAUCAGAUGACCAUAUUAUUACUGGCUAUUGGUUGCUUGAUAACAAUCUAAUUUUUAAAAACUCUAAUUUUCUUUUCAAAAUCUCAAAACCAAAAUUUUCGGGCCAGCGCAGACUGAUAGGCCUCAAAGCCUACUAUACACAAGUGAAAAAAAUCCUCUACAUGUAAAUAUAAAUUAAUAAACUACUAUCAAAAUUAUCUUAAAUAAUAAUAAUUAUGAAUUAUCUAAUUUGAAAUUUUCGACCAUUUUAAAAAUGUAAUUUUUGAAGAUAUCAAAAAACUGUAAUGGUCAAAGUUGCUCAGAAAAAAUAAAGCAAUCCAAAUCCAAUCUAGAAAACAGUAGUUCCUAUUUAUGAUCUUCAGAAAUUUGUAUUUUACCACGCAUGCGUGGACAAAAUUAUUUAAUAAUUGAAAUUUAUCAAAAAAAGUGUAUGUCCUAUAUGUAUUCCUCUCCCACUCUCUCUCUGAAUCAAAUUCAAGAUCAUGUGUUUGAAACAUUUCCUAUUAUUUUUAAAAUUUAAUACAUGGUAUAGUUAUUUAUUUUUACUUUGGUAUACUUUUUUAGAUUAAUCUGUUGAUUGAAAUGUUUAGUUUUGUCUUUUGUUUAGAUAAUUAACCAUGACAAUUAUUUCUCAUAAAUAUAUAUGCAAUAAGGAUAUUAUGAAUACAUUUAUCAUUUUAAAAAUAUUUACAGCUUAGUUUUGUAUAAUACUAUUAACUAUGAGUAAGUAUUGAUUCAAAUACAGAUAUUCUAUAAAAAAAAACCAUUUUACAAAAUUACUUUUACAGGUAUAAUGUGCAGGUAUUUUAUAUAAAUUAUUGUAAUCUUUAAAAAAAUAAAUACUUUCUAGUAAUUUAAAUACAAAAUUUUUUUCAAAUUCUCAUUUUACCAGUUGUCUUAUUAAAGAUUUAAUUCCAAUGGUUUUACCAAAUGAAAAGUAAAUUAAAUGGGAUAUAAUAUUUUUAUGAUUGCUCAUUAAUAGUGCACAGAUUUAAAUGCACUUAAAAUCCACAAAAAAAAUGUUCAAAGACAUCAAAAAAAGCUCUAAAAACUUACUUAAAAUUAUUUAAAAAAGCAAUAAAGGUAGAAGUUAAAAGUUUUCCCUUUUAUGGUUUCUAACUUAUAAAUAAUUUCAAAGUAAUUUUUUUCAAAUAAAUUUGUAAGUGUUAUAAAAAUAAAUUGAUACUAUGUUAAUCAUUUUUCAGUGUUAGAAAAAUGUAUUUAUAUGGUAAGAAUCAUCAGGGUGGGAACUUUAAAAAACUUGUCUACCACUUUUGCUUUUUUAAGUAUUUUUAAAUACUUUUUAUGAAUUAUAAGUGCAUUUAAAUCAUUUAAAUACUCAUUAAGUAUUAUUAUAUUUAGUUAAAUUUGAACAGAGUUCAAUAUUUUGUUUUUGAAAAAAUAUUGAAUGCUAAUAAUAUGC